AUGGCCUGGGAGGACAUAGCCAAGGCAACAACAGAGCUUGCUGCUAAAAAGGAGGCAAAAGAGAACAAGAAGGUUGAGAGAGAAAAGAAGAAGGCGGAAACAGAAGCUCGAAAAGCCGAGCAAGAAGCUAAGACAGCUGAGAAAGAGGCUAGGAAGAGAAAGGCAUGUUCGGCAGUAGCAGAAGAAGUGUCUAAGCCAAGCAUCAAAUUAUUGCGAAUGGGCGAGAUGCUGGAUCCUACAGUCCUUUAG